GAAUUAGUGGGCCCGGCGCCCCUGUUAGCAUCUCCUAACAAAAGCCCUUGUUAGGAGCAUAACUAGAUUGGGCAGUGGAAGGAGUAACAGUGGCGGAGGCAAAAAUGUUGCUGCUGAACUCGCUAGCUCCUUCUCAAUUGAGUACCCAAAACCCUAAAAUUCCCCCUCAGCAUUCUCUCGCCUCAUCACAGUCUCACGGAAGCUUUCCCAUUCCUGCCAAAAGAUGCGCCCUUUCUUUCGCUAGAAAAGCCAGUAAGGGCGGGAAGCUCGCCGUGAAGUGCCGCCAGUCGUAUUUCGACCAGCAGAACUUCAGCAACAGUUCCGGGACUACUUCAGGGAAUAGUUCUUUUGCUUCGCGGUCCCAGGGCGCUUCCAAUGCUGGGGAAUCGCCUGCUAGGGUUUAUGUGGGACAUUCAAUAUACAAAGGGAAGGCUGCACUUACGGUGGAGCCUCGAGCACCGGAAUUCACAGCACUAGAUUCGGGAGCGUUCAAGCUUGUCAGGGAAGGUUUUGUGUUGUUGCAAUUCGCUCCUGCAGCUGGAGUUCGCCAGUAUGAUUGGGGAAGAAAGCAGGUAUUUUCCUUGUCGGUUGCAGAAAUUGGAACUGUAGUGAGUCUCGGUGCGAAAGACUCCUGUGAAUUUUUCCAUGAUCCUAAUAUGGGGAAAAGCGAUGAAGGUAAGAUCAGGAAGGUAUUGAAGGUAGAACCACUCCCAGAUGGUUCAGGCCACUUCUUUAACCUAAGUGUCCAGAACAGACUCUUGAACAUGGACGAGAGCAUUUACAUUCCAGUUACAAGGGCAGAGUACACUGUCCUUGUCGCAGCUUUCAAUUACAUCUUGCCGUACCUGAUAGGCUGGCAUGCAUUCACAAAUUCACUAAAACCAGGCGACUCGACCAAACCAAACAACGCCAGCCCGAAGUUUGGAGCAGACUACGAAUGGAGCAAGUAGUUUACUAGUCGAGCCAAUUCUAGUAACAACUUGCGGGACCUGCAACAUGUCAUAUACCCUUGGAAUGGAGCAAGUAGUUUACUAGUCAAGCCAAUUCUAGUAACAACUUGCGGGACCUGCAACAUGUCAUAUACCCUUUCGUGUAGUCUUUUCCCGAUUAAGGGAUGCAAUCAUCCUCUUGUUAUCAUGUUGGUCAUUGGUGAAGGUCAACAAAUUUUGCUUCUUCCGUAGUUCUUUCUGUUUCGUGGGGACUUGAUUUAUGUGUAUUGUAGGGUGUAGUGCUUUUCUGCAAGCUAACUAUUGAAUGAGAUAGUUUCCAGGUAGCUACAGUGGAAUGUUGGUCUCUUUAGGUUAGGUGGCUGUUCAAGCAUAUGUUAGCUUUUUAGGCUGCUGCUGCUGGGGUUCGACCUGAUCCUCUAGAGGUAAGAUAUUGGAAGAGUCGUGCCUCGUGACCCACCCGACCAGAAACAAGUUGGAAUGAUUUGUUUGUAGGGUUGAUUGAAUGAUUGUAGACUGAAACAGCUUUCCUAAAUUUCCUUAUUUUCCUUCUUCAUGUUGUUCUCCAGCGUUCACCUCCUAUACAACCGCACUCGUAUCAACCUCAAACAGGACAGCUGAGAGCUGAGACAACAAGCGGAGGCAGAGGCUUUUCGCCUCUGUCACAACUCACAAGAGGUUGUCAACCGCAGGUCGACUCGCGGGUCUUUCCACUUUGACUCUGACUCGUUGAGAAAAACGGGUCAUAUGCACCCGCCAAGUCGACUGCUACAAAGUAUCGGAUUGGAGAUCAAAUUGUGUCAUUUUUUCUUAGGUUUGCGAAAUGUG